GAUACCACAUGACCCCACUCCCAAGUCCCAAUAUUUUAACGUUAUUUUGAAAUAUAUACAAAAUACAAAUAGAGGGAAACUGAGAAAGAAACAUUCAGAUAGACGUUGGAAGUUCUCCUUUUGCAUAUUCUGACAGUUACCCUGCAAUCUGCAUUUUCAAAUCAAAAUUUUAAUUUUAAGGCCCACUCUUUUUUUUUUCUCAGAAUAUCUCAACUUUUUUUUUCCCCUUAUUUCUGAGUGCAAGAAUUUUCAUUUUUCACCAUAAAAAGCUUCCCACUAAUCCACUGUUUCCAUUCAAAAGCUCAAAUGCUUCAUCAAGAUUCCAACUUUUUAUUCUGGGAUUCAAAAUUUUGUUAACAUUUUGCUCAAAUUUGUACUUGGUAUAGAAAAAGAUUGAAACUUUGGAAGAUGGGUACUUCAUUUAGGAAAGAAGAUGGUUUAAACUUAACUGAGUCAAAUGGGUUAGUGACCGAGUCAGUGACUGAGUCUGUUACUGAGAGGAGAAGUAGUAUUGAAGCUGAAGUUAGAUUGGGGAAAAAAUCAACUUCUUCACCUCCUCUUUUGGGUUGGCCUAUUACAAAAGCUGCAAUUCCUAAACCACCCAAUUCCACUGUUUCUAAGUCAACUAAACAUGUUUUAGUUGAUAAUUUGGAGCUCAAGAAGCAUAAUUUGAACAUUUCUGAGAUGGAAAUGAUGAAAGAGAGGUUUGCAAAGCUAUUGCUUGGUGAAGAUAUGUCUGGUAGUGGUAAAGGGGUUUCCACUGCUCUUGCUGUUUCUAAUGCCAUAACUAAUUUAUGUGCUACAAUAUUUGGGCAGUUGUGGAGGCUAGAGCCAUUGCCCGUGGAGAAAAAAUCAAUGUGGCAAAGAGAGAUGGAGUGGAUGCUUUGUGUUGGUGAUCAUAUUGUUGAAUUAAUACCAACUUGGCAGACAUUUCCUGAUGGAAAGAAGCUUGAGGUAAUGACUUGCAGACCUCGGACUGAUAUGUUCAUUAAUCUUCCGGCUCUUCGCAAGCUAGACAAUAUGCUCAUUGAUAUAUUAGAUAGUUUCAGCAAGACCGAGUUUUGGUAUGUCGAUCAAGGAAUCGUAGCCUCAGAUUGUGAUGGAUCAUCCUCUUUCCGAAAUACUAUACACAGACAAGAGGAAAAGUGGUGGCUACCAGUGCCUCGGGUUCCUGCAGGAGGCCUUCAAGAGAGCUCGAGGAAGCAACUCGAUCAUAAGCGUGAGUGUGCUCACCAGAUACUCAAAGCAGCCAUGUCGAUCAAUAGCAUGGUUUUAGCUGAAAUGGAUGUUCCCGAGUCAUACAUUGAAACCCUUCCUAAGCAGAAUGGAAAAGCGUGCUUAGGAGACAUGAUUUAUCGGUACAUUACAUCAGAUCACUUCUCCCCUGAGUGCUUGCUUGAUUGCCUAGACUUAACAACCGAACAUGUUGCUCUUGAGAUAGCGAAUCGUGUGGAAGCUGCGAUCUAUGUAUGGAGGCGUAGACUCCACCCAAAACCCGUCACUAAUCCCAACCGUUCAACCACAAAAUCGUCAUGGGGAAUGGUCAGAGAUCUAAUGGUUGAUGGAGACAAAAGAGAAAUCCUUGCUGAAAGGGCUGAAAGAUUACUUCUAUGCUUGAAACAACGGUUUCCUAGUCUCACUCAAACUUCAUUGGACACCAGUAAAAUACAGUACAACAAGGAUGUGGGGAAAUCGAUCCUAGAAAGUUACUCAAGAGUUUUAGAAAGUUUAUCCUUCAACAUUGUGGCGCGCAUAGAUGAUCUAUUAUAUGUCGAUGACUUAACCAAACACACCGAUAAACUAUCCAAUGUACCUAUUGUGAAUGUCCUAUCUCACAAGAAGGUCUCAAUACCGCGUUCAGUGCCAUCCUCGUGCACACCUUAUGGAUCGACUAUUAAUACUCCGAGCUUAUCACCUGCACCGAUGGUUAGCCCAGCAAGGGGAUUAGACAGAACUCCUAUUGUGAACCGAGAGAUUUGUAAACCAUCCAAACGCGGUCUUGGUGUUAAGAGGGUACUCACCAACUACUUAGGUGGUGAGUUGAAGUCAAAGAGUAGUCCAAACCAAAUAGAAGCUGCACCUCCUGCUUCUAUAAAGUCUAUAAUCGGCUCAUCUCAUGAUGAUACAGAGAAUGUUGAUCCUCAAAAAGUCUCGAUUACCCAUCAUAAACCUAGUCGAUUUCGAUGAGCAUUGAUAGUUAUAUAUUUAAAUGAUAUGAAUCCAGAAUGGUUCAUCACUAAUUGACAUAGUGAUGGUAAUUUAGAAGGAAUUUUAUUUUUUUUUAUUUAAUUUUUUUGUGUGGAUUAAAAAGGUUAUAUAUACCAUGUUGUUAUAUUAGCUUUGGAAUUUUUUAGUCAAUAUAUUUGUAUCUAUUUGGAGUUGUUAAUAUUGAGAAUAUAAUGAUUGUGUUAUUCAAA